UCAUACCCUGGGCCCCUUGGAAAUUGCUAUUUCCAUGUUUUAGCAUUCACAAAAUGUUUGAUUGCAUGACUCAAUAUAAUAAAGAAGCAUAGAUGCCUUCUGAAGCCUGAAUAAAUAACACCCCUUUUAGAUAUCUGUCCAUUUGUGGACCUAGGAUUUCUCGAAUGCAAGGAACUCUUGGUGUGGAACCUCCCUCUACCCCUGCAAUGAAGUAGAAAGACUCCCAUGAGCACCUAACACCAAAAAAACAAAACUCUAGCAGUGGUUGGUGAGAAAACCGAGGAGUUUCUACAGGAAGCCGACUUAAGUUUAGCAACUUCCUAAUCUCUGGUCACUUUGAGAUUACUUCUACUGCCAGAACCACUUGAUGCACUAACCUACUCAUUUUAGUAAAUCCUUCAUUAAUCCAAAGCUGAUAUUUAUUUAUUUGUACUUUUUUGUUUUUUGGGAAAAUAUGAAUCAGUUACAUUUUUGGUGAGGAUCGAGUGUGUGUGGAAAGGGUCAGUCCUGGAAGAAAAUCACUCUGACACAAGGAGCUAAAGGGAUCUUCAUUUUCACCCACAUACUUGGAGCAAACUUGACUUUGGUGGGUCCUCCAUUUUCAGAUCACAAGGAAUCGGUAUCAUCCAGCAUCCGGUGCUUCUGGCUUCUGACUUUGAGAGAGAUGGAAGAGGUCAACUCCACUUCAGACUGCUGAAGGAAAAGGCUCUAAGAAGGCAUGAGAGAAGCUGGCAGUCUCUAUCAUGUCCCUAUCCCCAGCUUCCUACACUAGAGGCUUCAGGGAGUUUCUCCUUGGGCAGGAGACUAGGAUCCAUUGCACAUUAAAUGGGCUGUACUAACUUUAAAAAGGGAUGUGGAAUUCCACAGAGUGGUGAAUCUGUGAGAAGGGACAUCCCACCUUGCCUUUCCUGAAUGACCAGUGUUCCUACAGCCCCCUGAGGUGUAUGUUGCUCCAGGACUGAUAUCGUACUUGGGAACCAGGCUCGACGAGAUGCUUAAUUCCAUCAAAUGUGUGUUGGUGGGGGAUGCUGCUGUGGGGAAAACAGCUCUCUUGGUGCGCUUCACAUCGGAGACGUUCCCUGAAAUGUAUAAGCCCACGGUGUACGAGAACGCAGGGGUAGACGUCUUCAUGGACGGUAUACAGAUCAGCCUGGGCCUCUGGGACACGGCAGGCAACGAUGCCUUCAAAAGCAUCCGCCCUCUCUCUUACCAACAGGCAGAUGUGGUGCUCAUGUGCUACUCUGUGGCCAACCAUAACUCCUUCCUGAGCCUGAGGAACAAAUGGAUUGCUGAGAUACGGAGCAAUUUGCCCUGUACCCCGGUGUUGGUGGUGGCCACACAGACUGACCAGAGGGAAAUGGGACCCCACAGGGCUUCCUGUAUAAACUCAGUGGAUGGGAAACGGCUGGCCCAGGAGGUGAAGGCCAAGGGCUACCUGGAGUGCUCAGCCCUCAGCAACCGAGGGGUACAACAGGUUUUCGAGUGUGCUGUGAGGACUGCGGUUAAUCAUGCUAGGAAGAGGAGCAGGAGGAAGCUCUUCUCUAUUAACGAGUGCAAGAUUUUUUAAAUCUUCAGCACGGAAUAAACACCGUGAUUCAUCCCACAGAAGACCAUUGACUAGGUUGGGGGUUGCGAGACCGGCCUUAUGUGUUCCUGUUCCAUGCUGGUACUUUGUACAGAUUGCUUUUUUUCUCCUGGACAUUGUUUUUCACUAGAAACGUUGACCAUUAGGUGUCUUGCUAAAGCAUACCUUACACAGGAACCAUUUUUGAUGACUUCAUCUAAUCAGAGCAUACCCCAGAGGCCUUAAGUGGACGUUUUUUCUGUUUUUUACCUCUCCUUUUCUUUUAGUUAUUUUAUUUAAUGAUGCAAGGACUCAAGGUUUUGCUAGAAACUGUACCAUAACUUUGGAUACCAAACUGAGUUUUUCACAGAACUCCAUAUUUAAAGACAAUUUUAUUUAAAAGCAAAAACAAAGUAAAAACAUUUAGCUUUUGCAUGAGCUCAUUUCCACACUUGGUAAUUCCCCUCCUUCCACUUAAUCACCAACACGAACUGCUAAAAAAAAAAUUACUAAAUAGCUUCUUGGAGUUUGACCAUGUGUUAGAUUUGUUGUUCGUUUUUUUCAUGUCACAGUAAUUUUGUUGAAACCACUUAGCAACUGUGUUUUGUUUUGUUUUGUUUUUAAACCAGGUAAUUAAACUCAAAAGAGCAAUGAACUAAUUAUAACAACUUAUUUCCCAGGUACCUAUCUUGCUUUGAACUUCCUUAACAAAAUAUAGUUUAAUGAUCUUGAAAGCUUUCAAAAUUAUUUAUAAUUUUAGGAACCAAUAAUUUGUUGUCUCUUCUAUUCCUUAGUAAAUUUUUUAAAAAUUGUGCACAACACAAUGCCUUUUUUAUCACCAAAAUGCCUUGCACAUAAUAUGUGCUUAAUAAAUGUUUGUUGACUCUAUGAGUUUCCAGUUAUACUCCAAGUGUGAUCAUCAGAACAGCCCCCAAAAGAAAAUAAUACUUGCUCUUUUUUUUCAGAGGAAGGAACUGGGAAGUUAAGAGACCUCACAGGAAACAGAAGCCUUCCCCUGAUACUUUAGUUACUGUUUACUACAUUUUUCUCUCCUGAGUCUUUUCGGUUCUUUAUGUGCUAAUGGGCUACCAUAGUAUUGCAAUGACAUUUAGAACAAAUUUAUUUUCAGUGGAGCUCCCUUCCUGAGCUCUCAGGAUAAUAAAAACAUUUCAGUGUAUUGGGGAGAACUUCAUAUUUUUUGUUACCUUCCCCAAAUUUUUGUUUUUCCUCGAGAUUUAGAGGUAUAGGGAUUUCAGGAAGCAUUCAGGCAAAAAUGUCACCAAUCAGUAUGAUGGUACCAGUGAGUAGGUGCAAGAAAGCUGGAAAACAUCUAAGGUAAGCUGGCUGGGCUACAAAAAAAAAAGUUACCUGGGUAGAUAGAGAACAGCUAGAAAAAAAAUAAUAACAACAACAAUAAUAUAAUUAAUAAUAAUAGUGGUUAUAGUGCUGUUAACUGUUUGAGUGUGACUAUUAUCUUCUGUGAGUGACAAACUAUGAAGCCUAGUGUCUGUUUACUGAGUUCCCCUCAAAAAAAACUUAUGACCAAGUGGAUCUGCUGUGCAUUUAAUGAUGUUCGUAAUUAUUACUGUGCUGUAUGGUAAUUAGGUACCACUAGUAAACUGUUCACAUAAAUGGCUGUAAUAUGCAUGACUUUUACACAGUCAAUAUUUUUUGUUAUGUCAUUUCUUUGGUGUCUAUGACAAGCAAAUGUCCAGUUUGCCCUGAUGGGACUCAUCGCCAGUAUAGUGCUUGACAUGUAUGCAGUAAGCACUUAAUAAAUGUUUUUUUCAUUCAUCCAUU